AAAGUGUCAAAUCAGUCAAAAUUUUAAAUGUCAGAAUGCAACAAAAAUCUCACAACUCUUAUUUAACAUCUAUUUGUAUUUAGGAAAUGAGGUCGAGUACAAGUUUUAUAAACUAAUAGAAAAUUCGCAAUAUGGAAAAUUAUAGUGGUGUAAUUUCCUAUUUGAGUCAACAAAUAGGAGUGACUGAACCGGCCCUCAGAUUAAUAUUUACUCUUCUGGCUGGAUAUCCAUUAGCUCUUAUACACAGAAAGUUUAUCUAUGACAAAAAACCGUUAUUGCAACAUUUGUAUUUCAUCGUGACAGGAUUUUUACUUGGGUUUUGGAAUUAUGGAACAGACAUUUUUCAUUGUGUUUUUGCAACGUUAUUCACAUUUGGCACGUUGGGGAUCUUAAAAGGUACUACUGCAAGUGUAGUGGUUACUUUUGUUUUCAACUUAGGGUACUUGCUUCUUGGAUAUAACUAUGCAAGUACUGAUAACUAUGACAUAAAUUGGACUAUGCCGCAGUGUAUUUUAACUUUAAGACUAAUAGGUGUUGCAUUUGAUCUAUUUGAUGGACGACAACCAAUCGAUACGUUGUCUGCGGAUAGUAAAAAACUGGCUCUUUUACAGCCGCCCAAUCUUUUAGAAAUAUUUGGCCACGCUUUUUUUCCAUCGUCCUUCUUAGUGGGUCCUCAGUUUUCGAUGAAACGAUAUUUAGAAUUUGUAGAUGGGAAAUAUAAUGCUAAGGAUGGACCUCCAGAUAGUACUUCAGCGGCUCUCAGAAGAUUUUCAUACGGUUUGAUAUACCUCUCAAUUUUCCAAAUGUUGGGAAUGUUUGUUUCUGAUGAGUAUUUAAUAACGGACGAAUUCGCGAAUGUGUCUUUCUUGAAGAAAAUGCUGUUAUUGGGCGUGUGGGGCCGUUACACCUUGUACAAGUAUAUAUCUUGUUGGCUGUUGGCCGAAGGUGCAUGCAUUCUGUUUGGAGUGGCGUACAACGGCACUGACGACAAGGGAGAAAUCAAGUGGGACGGCGCUGAAAACAUUAAACUAGGAAUAUUCGAAAACACAACGGAAUUUAAUCACUACAUCAAAUCGUUUAAUGUAAAUACCAAUAAUUGGAUAGCACAGUACGUGUAUAAAAGACUGAAGUUUUUGGGCAAUCGACAGCUCAGCCAAUUUUUCUCGUUGUUGUUCUUAGCCAUAUGGCAUGGCUUGCAUUCCGGUUAUUACGUUUGUUUCUUCUUCGAAUUCAUUGUCAUUUUCAUGGAGAGACAGAUCAAAUCGAUCGUGAACUCGAACCAAACUCUAACGAAUUUCUUUUCGAACCCUGCGCUCCAGUUGCCACUCCAAAUCGUGCUCAGGUUAUACACGUUCGUCUUCAUGGGUUGGUGUCUGUUGCCCUUCGCCCUGCUACAGUACCCGCGAUAUUUCAGGGCCUUUGCCAACGUCAGUUAUGUGGGAGCGAUACUGUUCAUGGGCUGGCCGGUGUUGUACGCGCCUUUCAUAAGCUUUAAUUAUCUAGGAACAUGUAGGUUUACAUGGAUAUUGGUGACUUUAAUUUUGAAGAAAAUUGAUACCCAGAGAAAAUUCAUAAGCCGUACAAAAUGUUUGAUAGGGAAGGAUAUUUUGCGUUUGUAUUCAAUGUGAUUGAUUGAGACUCCUAGUUUUAUAAACGAACUCAAGAGAUUGCACAAGUUACUUGUUGUUCAAAAACAAUCAUGUCCGUUCUAGUCCUCGUUUUAAUUGAGAAAAAAUUAUCCGGCCAGUAAUAUUCGUCAAUUUGUUUAUAUGGGAUCGAAAAUUUAUAUAUAUUUUUUCACGAUUUUUUUUUAAUUUAACAAUUUUUUUGCGAG